UCCACUUAAGUUCAGCUCGGGAGACACAUCUGCUGAUCUGAGUCAAAAACAUAAAGGACUGCAAUCACAUACAGCAAAGAAGAACAUAGACUCCAUCUUUAAGGAGAUUGAGCACAAAAUCAUUUCAGAGUUAAAAAGCAUUAAGAGACUAUUGAGUCCAGAUUACCCAGAAUGCUCUGAAAGAGACUGUUAUGAUGAUGAAGGUCAUAGCAGAGUCAGAGAGGGGCUUCUGAAGAUCACACUGCUCAUCCUGAGGAAGAUGAACCAGACAGACCUCGCUGACACACUACAGACCAAACUGAUGCCUGUGGAUCAACAACUCAAAUCCAGACUACAGGAUAAAUAUCAGAGACUCGGUGAAGGACUAUCCAAUCAUGGAGAGUCAACACAUCUGAAUGACAUCUACACAGAGCUCUACAUCACAGAGGGAGGCAGUGGAGAGGUCAAUAAUGAACAUGAGGUGAGACAGAUUGAGACAGUGUCCAGGAGACCAGAGACACAGGAGACACCAAUCAACUGCAACGACAUAUUUAAACCCUCUGAACAAGACAAACCCAUCAGAACUGUGCUGACUAAAGGAGUCGCUGGAAUUGGAAAAACAGUCUCUGUGCAGAAGUUCAUUCUCGACUGGACUGAAGGAAAAGCCAAUCAGGAUGUUCAUUUCAUAUUUCCACUUCCUUUCAGGGAGCUGAACUUGAUACAGAAACAUCUCAGUCUUGUAGGUCUUCUAAACCACCUUCACACAGAAACCAAAGAAUUAAAGUCAGCAGAUUAUGAGGACUACAAAGUCAUGUUCAUAUUUGAUGGUCUGGAUGAGUGUCGACUGCGUCUAGAUUUCCAAAACAAUCAGUGCUUGUCUGAUGUGACAGAAUCAGCUUCAGUGGAUGUGCUGCUGACCAACCUCAUCAAGGGGAACCUAUUUCCUUCUGCUCUCCUCUGGAUCACCUCUCGACCAGCAGCAGCCAAUCAGAUCCCUCCUGAGUGUGUCCACCAGCUCACAGAGGUACGAGGAUUCAACGACCCUCAGAAGGAGGAAUAUUUCAGGAAGAGAAUAAAAGAUCAGAGUCUGGCUGAUAGAAUCAUCACACACAUCCGAUCAUCAAGAAGUCUGUUCAUCAUGUGUCACAUCCCAGUCUUCUGCUGGAUUUCAGCCACUGUUCUGGAGAGGAUGAUGGGUGAAGCAGAGAGUGCAGAAAUCCCCAAGACUCUCACACAGAUGUUCACACACUUCCUGAUCUUUCAGACCAAACUGAAGACACAGAAAUAUGAUGGGAAAUAUGAAAUUGAUCCUGAUCAGGCUAAAAAGACUAUUCUGUCUCUAGGAAAACUGGCUUUUGAACAGCUGGAAAAAGGAAACCUGAUCUUCUAUGAGAAGGACCUGAAAGAGAGCGGCAUUGAUGUCAGAGAAGGGUCCGUGUACUCAGGAGUUUGUACCCAGAUCUUCAGAGAGGAGUUUGGACUGCAGCUGGGGAAGGUGUUCAGCUUUGUUCAUCUCAGUAUUCAGGAGUUUCUUGCUGCUUUAUUCAAGCUGCUGUCCUUUUCUGAACAAAACACAGGACUGAGGAAUGUGUUCAGGUCAUCAAUGAUCAGUUUACUGAAGAGGGAAGUAGACAAUGCCUUACAGAGUGAGAACGGACACUGGGAUCUUUUCCUCCGGUUCCUUCUAGGUCUCUCUCUAGAAUCUAAUCAGACUCUCUUACAAGACCUACUGAGAAAGACAGUAAGCAGCUCUGAUAUCAAUCAGGAAACAGCUGCAUACAUCAAACAGAAGAUCAGGAAGAAUCGCUCUCCAGAGAAAUCCAUCAAUCUGUUCCACUGUCUGAAUGAACUGAAUGAUCGUUCACUAGAGCAGGAAGUACAAACAUACCUGAGCAGAACAGAUGUCUCUCGUCUCUCUGGAGUCUCUCUGUCUUCUGCUCAAUGGUCGGCUCUGGUGUUUGUGCUGUUGAACUCAGAAGAAGAUCUGGAUGAGUUUAUACUGAGUAAAUAUGAUCGAUCAGAAGAAUGUCUUCUGAGGCUGCUGCCAGUGAUCAAAGCAUCUAGAAAGAUUGAUCUCUCCUACUGUCGUAUUACACAGAAAGGCUGUGCUGCUCUGAUUUCAGCUCUAAGAUCAAACCCUUCACACCUGACAGAACUGAAUCUGAGUGAUAAUACACCUGGAGACUCAGGAGUGAAGCUGCUCUCUGCUCUACUGGAGGAUCCACACUGUAAACUGGAGAAACUACAGCUGUGUUACUGCAGUUUUGGAGAGGAAGGCUGUGCUGCUCUGAUUUCAGCUUUGAGAUCAAACUCCUCACACCUGACAGAACUGGAUCUGAGCUGUAAUAAACCAGGAGACUCAGGGGUGAAGCUGCUCUCUGCUCUACUGGAGGAUCCACACUGUAAACUGAAGAAACUAGAGCUGAGGAGCUGCAGUAUUGAGGAGGAAGGCUGUGCUGCUUUGAUUUCAGCUCUGAGAUCAAACUCCUCACACCUGACAGAACUGGAUCUGAGAGGUAAUAAACCAGGAGACUCAGGAGUGAAGCUGCUCUCUGCUCUACUGAAGGAUCCACACUGUAAACUGAAGAAACUAUAUAUUUGACAGUGGAAACUCCACAAGCUACAAACAACUGAAUCAAAACAACAUGUCCUGAACAAGACUGUCAUCUGGACAAAUGCUAAUAUUGUAGUUACAUUUCUUUCACUACCUUAGGGAGGUAAAAUAGUGCAGUGAUGGUUACAUGUCACUAUUGACGUUAUAAUUUUUGGAUCACGUAUCACUUAAGGUGUGGUUAUGAGUACAUUACAUAAGAAAGAUUGGUGGAAACCUAUCUUGUAGAGCCUAUUUCUGUAUCAUUUACACAAGGAAGACACACAAGUAAUAACAUUAGUUGUAUAAAGAAAAGAUAUACAAGUGUAAUCAACAAUUACUAAAUGAAUACCAUGAAUGAAAAGUAA